AAUUUACUUUGACGCAUGCGCAAAAUGAAAGCGGAUAUUUUAAUUUUCUGACAGCCAAACUUCCAAAACUUUACAAUUAAAUCGAUUUAUUGUUGAAAUGAGAGAUUCAAAACAUUUACCAACAAACCGAAUCUGACAUGGUUCGCCCAACUCAGUCGGGUAGCAGUCGUAGAAAAGCUGGUCCUAGCUCGAGGAGGACUCCACCAAGUUCACCUCGCCGUCGCGGAGAAGCCGCACCGUCAACUUCAAGUCCAAGACGAAGAUCUCAGGAGAGAGCCCCUGCCGGGAGUGGCAGGCGUGUUCAGGAGCCAGUACCUCAACGUAGAAGAUACCGCCCUGGUACCAGGGCAUUGAUGGAGAUCAGAAAAUAUCAAAAAUCUACAGAUCUGUUGAUAAGAAAACUGCCAUUUUCUCGAGUGGUCAGGGAAAUUGCAUUAGAAAUGUACUCAGAAGAUUUGCUAAGAUGGCAGUCAAUGGCUAUCAUGGCUCUUCAAGAGGCUGCGGAGGCUUAUUUAGUUCACCUGUUUGAGGACGCAAACCUGUGCACCAUUCACGCGGGAAGAGUGACUGUUAUGCCAAAAGACAUUCACUUGGCGCGCAGGAUCCGAGGAAGGACUGAUAUAAGCUGAAUGAACAUUUGCACCACUGCUCUUUUUGGAGAGGGUUGUAUAUUAUUUUAGAUGGAUCUUAUUUCAAAUAAUGUCGAUAUUUUGGAUACUCCCACACAAAUCAUUGACUUUAUUUUGCAUCCUCAGCAACUUCAAGAGGCAAAAUGUCUGCAUGUUUGAGAUAUUUUUGCUGCUGCGAGAUGCUUGUGAAAGGAGACUUAGGUUGUAGAAGUUUUAACUCUUAUAAUUUAUCUGGUCCAAACAAGUGGCAUUCUUGUAAUUUUUUAUGUUACUGUACAUAGAGAAUUUAUUUUAAAUAUCAUGUAGUGAUAUCAAAUGUACAU